UGGGCACUGACUGGCGGCACUGACUGGCAGCACUGCUGGGUGGCACUGGUGGGCAGCACUGGUGGGUGGGCACAGGUGGGUGGCACUGGUGGGCACAGGUGGGUGGGCACAGGUGGGUGGCACUGCUGGGCACAGGUGGGCGGAACUUGCGGGUGGCACUGCUGGGCACCGAUCAUCAGGGCACUGAUCAUCAGUGCCCUGAUGAUCAGUGCCGAUCCCCGCUCUGACAACUGCCGGUCCUCGGCAGUACUUUCCGCACGAUCUGACAGCGUGAGGAAAGUGCAGCCGAGAAUCGGCACUUGC